CUCCAGUAUGUGGAAAAAUUGAGAUAUCAAAACAAAAUCUCAGAAGUACUCAAAGGAAAUACGCAGCUAACGUGACCUGCAGUCUGUAUUCGAAUCCAACGAACGUGACAUUUUAUUGGAUGAUCCGCAAUUCUUCUUCCAAUCACAGCUGGACCUCUGGACAUGUUGCACAUACUUCAGUGGAAUGGGAAAACACUGCUGCUGAAUUACUUUGUUGGGCGGAGAACGAAAUUGGCUUACAAAAUGAACCCUGUCGAGUAACGUUAGAUGCAGAUGAACAAGGAGAUUCAUUAUGCGUAUAUUUAAUAACCAUCAGCAGUUUUGCUGCCAUAUUUUUCUUGGUUGCCUUUACGGUACUUACAAGGCAUUUAAUAAAAGAUCAGGAGAAAUGCCGAUCAAAGGAGGACAAAGAACUAAAAGAACUGAAAGAUCGAAGUUGCAGAUUACUAAUACAGAAAUUCGUGAAGAAAUCUUCAAAUACAAAAGAAACUGAUUGUUCUUCCAAUCUGUUAGGCACUACAAAAGAAUCCAGAGGAUGCACAACGAGGUGAACGCGGGUAAUGCAUUUCUGAUGAGUGGUUUGUAAAUAAACAGACCGUUACGUCUUAUGAGAGAGUGUACCGGAUAUUUAAAUCCAGAGCUAAAUUGAAGUUCGUGUAUAAAUACCCUUAUAAUGCACAAAUGAUUCUGAUGAAAAAUUUAGUAGUGUAAUUAAAGG